AUGAAGAAGAAUAUAUUUCCAGACAUCUUAUUUCUCUCUGAAACCAAAAAUCCCGACAGCUUCGUACUUAACAAAACGAAGAAACUCACGUAUGAAAACUAUCACCUAGUCUCUCCGACGGGACAUGGUGCAGGAGGACUGGCUCUCUUUUGGAAGCAGGAAAUCAAAUUAAGUGUAAUAAGCUCAUGUGCUAAUCUUAUUGACACUUGCGUUGAAUAUGAAGGGAAAAUCUUUUAUGCUUCGUUUAUAUAUGCUGAUACCGAUAAACCGACGAGACGCAUCUUCUGGGAUCAGCUCCUAUCCCUAAACUCAGCUCGCUCAGUGCCAUGGUUCAUCACAGGCGAUUUCAACGAUCUGACCUGCAAUGCUGAGAAAGUAGGUGGACCCGAAAGACCUGAAAGCUCAUUUACCGACCUGCGCACCUUUCUCGCUGAAGGCGAUUUAUAUGAUCUGCAACACUCUGGUGAUUGCCUUUCAUGGCGUGGAAAAAGAGGAGAUUAUCUGGUCCGGUGUAGACUAGACAGAGCAGUUGCAAAUGGUGACUGGGUGGAACUCUUCCCGAAAGCACGAUCACAGUACUUGACUUAUGAGGGCUCAGACCAUAAGCCAAUAGUCUCCUUUUUUGAACCUGACAAGCGAAAGCGCCAGGGUCUGUUUCGCUUCGACAGAAGACUAAGGGAUAACCCUGAAGUGAAAGCACUCAUAAGCAAGGAAUGGAGCUCAACAAAUCAUAUGUCUGUCAAUGACAGAAUAUGCUCUAUUCGAUCCGCCAUUGUUGAAUGGAGCAAGCAACAAUACCACAGCAGUAGGCUCCUCAUCGAGAAAAAGAAAGAGGAAUUGGAAGAGGCAUUGACAAUCCCUGCAAACAACACUGAGCUUAUAGAUAAAGUGUCCCACGAACUAAACUCAGCUUAUCUCGCAGAGGAAGCUUACUGGAGACAACAGAGCCGUCUCCUAUGGCUUAGCCUUGGAGACCGGACCACGGGAUUUUUUCACGCAACCGCAAAGAACCGGAAGAGAGCUAAUGCUUUCUUGGUGAUUGAAGAUGAAGAAGGCACAGCAGUCUAUCAAGCGGUGAUUGAAGAUGAAGAAGGCACAACAGUCUAUCAAAAGGACCAGAUUGCUAAGGUUAUUGUCAAAUACUUCCAGAAGUUAUUCUCUUCUAUUGCCGGUAGAAGAGAAGAGACAGUCAAUUACGCCUUGUCGCCUAUGGUGACGGCUGAACAGAACGAAAAGCUGAUACAAGUCCCAUCAGCUUCAGAGAUUAAGGAAGCAACUUUCUCUAUACACGCAGAUACGGCACCAGGCCCGGAUGGAUUCUCGGCUGGGUUUUUUCACUCGAAUUGGGACAACAUAGGCGGGGAAAUUGUCAAGGAAAUCCAGGAGUUCUUCAUCACUGAUAGACUGCCGGCAAAAAUUAACGACACUCAUAUCCGUCUCAUACCGAAAGUUUAG